UGUAAACGCCUUUAUUGUGAAAUCUGAUCGAGCCGGAAGUUGACAGUUAGCAUACCGUAGCUAAGUCUACGUAGUAAGUGUGUGUGUGUGCGUGUGUGUGUCCAGGUGUGAAGAUGUUACCUUUAUCUAUUAAAGACGACGAGUACAAACCCGCCAAGUUUAACCUGCUGGUGAAGCUCUCAGGAUGGUUCAGGUCCAUCCUGGCGGAUAAAACCUCCCGGAACCUGUUCUCCUUCCUCUGCCUCAACCUGUCCUUCGCCUUCGUGGAGCUCAUGUACGGCAUCUGGAGCAACAGUUUAGGUCUGAUCUCAGACUCCUUCCACAUGUUCUUUGACUGCACCGCUCUGCUGGCAGGUCUGGCAGCCUCCGUCAUCUCCAGGUGGAGAUCCAACGACAGCUUCUCCUACGGUUAUGUCAGAGCUGAGGUGUUGGCGGGCUUCGUCAACGGACUCUUCCUCAUCUUCACAGCUUUCUUCAUCUUCUCUGAAGGAGUCGAGAGAGCUCUAGAGCCUCCUGACGUUCAUCAUGAGCGGCUGCUUCCUGUCUCUGUGGCCGGUCUGCUGGUGAACCUGGUCGGGAUCUUUGUGUUCCAGCACGGAGGACACGGACACUCACAUGGAGACGAAGGUCACGGUCACAGUCACUCUCUCUUUAACGGCAGUCUGAAUCACGGCCACAGUCACGGACACGACCACCACAGCAAACACGGACAUGGACACGGACACGGACACGGACACAGCCAUGACGAUCAUGGACACAGUCAUGGAGGACACGGACACAGCCACGAGGAGCCACACUGUCACGAUGAGCUGCUGCACACGCCGGGGAAAGGCUCCAGUAAACAGAUCCUACAGGGUGUCCUCCUCCACAUCAUCGCUGACACUCUGGGCAGCAUUGGUGUGAUCAUCUCUGCUCUGCUGAUGCAGAAAUAUGACCUGAUGAUCGCCGACCCCAUCUGCUCCAUGCUGAUCGCCAUCCUCAUCGGAGUCAGUGUGGUGCCUUUACUGAAGGAGUCCAUCGGGAUCCUGAUGCAGCGGACCCCUCCCUCUCUGGACCAUGCCCUGCCUGAGUGUUACCAGAGGGUGCAGCAGCUGCAGGGAGUGUACAACCUGCAGGAGCCUCACUUCUGGACUCUGUGUACGGAUGUUUACAUCGGGACGUUAAAGCUGCUCGUCGCCCCCGACGCCGACACCCGCUGGAUCCUCAGCCAGACUCACCACAUCUUCACACAGGCCGGGGUUCGACAGCUCUAUGUUCAGAUCGACGUAGCAGCCAUGUAGAAGCUCCGCCUCCUUGAUGACAACUGGGACCAAUCAGAUUCAGUCUAACCCCCCCCCCCCGCAGAGAGACUGAGACCAGGGCCGUGGGGGGGGGCACUGAGAACUGUGAUCUGAUGAACUCAAACAGCCCCUCCCCCUCCUGUUUUUUUUUUUUAAUUUUUUAUUUUACCUGUCCGUGACAGCGGACAGCCUGACCCCUGACCCCUGACCCCCCUCCACCGGAGCAAAGUGCCUUCAUCAUCAAUCAGAGACAAUCUGAGCCCCUCCCCCCUCCUCUGUGACAUCACCAGACUGCUGCCAGCUGAUUGGUCUGUGGUGAGUGAGUGUGAUGUCACAGCGUGUUUUUAACGUGCCAAACCAUGUGACCAAACAUGUGACCACUCACAGGUCUCAGUCUUUUUUUUUCAACUGUAAUAAAUCAUCUGAUUAUUGAU